AUGCAAACCUGCCUGUGCCUUUUCCAGGCUGUUGAAGCUCAAAUACGAAGUUUUGGACAGACCCCUUCGCAACUGCUCAUAGAACCACAUCCUCCAAGAAGUUCUGCCAUGCAGGUGUAUCUCCUCCUGCAGAGUCCGUUGAUGUUCACAGACCAAGCUCAACAGGACGUUAUCAUGGUUCUAAAGUUCCCAUCCAACUCCCCUGUCACUCAUGUAGCAGCCAACACCCAGCCUGGUCUAGCCACUCCUGCUGUGAUCACAGUUACUGCAAAUAGGCUGUUUGCUGUAAACAAGUGGCAUAAUCUUCCUGGUGCUGUGCAAGACCAGCCUUACCAGCUGCCAGUGGAAAUCGAUCCUCUCAUAGCCAGCAAUACAGGUAUGCACAGGAGGCAAAUCACUGACCUUUUAGACCAAAGCAUUCAAGUGCAUUCCCAAUGUUUUGUCAUCACCUCUGAUAAUCGUUACAUCUUGGUCUGUGGCUUCUGGGACAAGAGUUUCCGAGUUUAUUCUACUGACUCAGGUAAACUGAUGCAAGUAAUAUUUGGACACUGGGAUGUUGUAACCUGUCUUGCUCGUUCUGAGUCCUAUAUUGGAGGAAAUUGUUACAUUCUCUCAGGAUCGCGUGAUGCUACAUUGCUGCUGUGGUACUGGAAUGGCAAAACCAGUAUCAUUGGUGAUAACCCAAGAGCGAGUGAUUUUGCAACUCCUCGAGCCAUUUUGACAGGACAUGACUAUGAGAUCACCUGUGCUACCAUUUGUGCUGAACUUGGCCUGGUAAUAAGUGGUUCAAAAGAAGGACCAUGUCUCAUACAUUCUAUGAAUGGAGAUCUGCUGAGGACAUUAGAAGGUCCUGAAACAUUAGAAGGUCCUGAAAACUGCCUGAAACCAAAACUUAUUCAAGCUUCAAGAGAAGGUCACUGUGUCAUAUAUUAUGAAAAUGGCCUCUUCUGUGUAUUCAGUGUGAAUGGGAGACUUCAAGCCACUAUGGAAACAGAUGACAAAAUAAGGGCAAUUCAACUGAGUCGAGAUGGACAGUAUCUGCUUACAGGUGGAGACAAUGGAGUUGUCAUGGUAUGGCAGAUGUGGGACCUCAAACAGCUUUUUGCUUACCCAGGGUGUGAUGCUGGAAUCCGAUCCAUGGCCCUGUCAUAUGACCAAAGGUGUAUAAUGACUGGCAUGGCAUCUGGGAGCAUAGUGGUUUUCUACAAUGAUUUCAAUCGUUGGCACCACGAGUAUCAAACCAGAUACUGAUCUUCACAGAGACCAAGAUUAGCACUGAUUUGGGCAGCUGUUGUCAGAAGGAAACUGAACACAGCACACCUCCCUUGGUGUCUUGCCACAACAUUGUUCCCUAUAAAUAGCUAUCUUACAUCUGAAUGUAACUUAAAUUUGCUGGAAGAAGCAACCUAUUUUUUAAAGUUAAUUGCUAUUUUUGUAGACCUUGCUUGACUUUUUUGGGGGGAAGGGCAAAGAAGCAGAAAUAAAGCUGCUGCUGGGUUCUGUAGUUAAAAAUCUAUAUUUUUAGUCAUAACAAGAAGUCUAUUUUGAUCCCUGUAUGUAAAAGAAACCUAAACUAAAAAUGGUUAAAACUCA